CUAAUAGAACCAGUUUUGUAACUAGGUAUAUUCCCAUAUUUACUAUUCAACUUUGAUUAAGAUUUAUUUAAACAAAACACGCUGAUUAACUUGUUUUCCAAAAUCAUAACAUUGGCGUGUAGUUACAAUCGACCAGAAAUAAUGUUAAUUUUAUCUAUAUGAAUAAUUGUAUUCAGACUUAACAUAAAUAACGUUUAUAACUAAGCUGACCUUCCAUGAUCAACCAUUGGCGAUACACAAACAACGUGAAAGAAAUACCGAUUAAGUCGGUAAGUCCAGUUGGCGUUGUGCUAAGAGACGUAGCAAAACAUGUUUCUGUAAUGUCAGAAUGUUUCAAUGCUACGAAUUUGUGAAUGAUUGUUUAGAGUAAAAUAUUUACUGUAAACUGUGAUAAUGCAUAAGCUAAUAGUGAUAUUUGUGACUGUUUAUUCUAUAGCCAAAGGACAGCAAUAUGAAGGAGAUUUAUGUGUGGACAAACGUACUGAUUCGAGAGGUCAUUGUAAAUUACUACCGCAAUGCCCGAGUGCAAUAGCCAACCUUCGAAAAGGUAUUUAUCCAACAGGAUGCGGAUUUUCAGGCAGAGAAAUAAUUGUAUGUUGUGUGGAAACCGAGUCCACAACAAUCAGAUUAUCCACCACCACAGAAAAGCCAACAAGGGUGACCAUAAGUAAAAGUAGAACUCCGGGAGAAAUAUCUGAUAAAAUGUGCAGACAUUACUCUCAAUAUGUCUGGAGUAAAGAGGUAAGUCCCACUCUUCUAGUGGGUGCAGAAGACAUUGUACGCAGAGAAUGUCCGUUUGACCGAUUGGAGCUUGUAGUCGGGGGAUCUCCAGCUACUAGAAAGGAGUUUCCUCACAUGGUCCAACUAGGAUAUGGAGACAAUCCAGUUCGAUGGGCUUGUGGUGGAUCCUUGAUUAGUGAGCAGUUUGUAUUAACAGCGGCUCAUUGCUUGGAUGACCGGAGUUUAGGUAACGCCUUAUACGCAAGAAUGGGAUUCAUUGACAUAGAUGACCCAGAACACCUGCAAGAAUUCAAUAUUAUUCAACGAUUUGCUCAUCCUCAAUAUUUUGAACCAUCACAUUACCAUGACAUUGGUUUAGCAAAACUUGCUAAACAGGCACAACUAAACACUUGGGUGAGACCAGCUUGUCUGUACGCAAACAGACAUUCACCUUGGUCAAAAGUAAUUGCGAUAGGUUGGGGCAGGACGGAGUUUGGUGGUGAUGAAAGCAAAGAGUUACUGCGGGUUAUUCUGGAAUUGUAUGGACAGCCGAUUUGCAAUAAAGUAUACAAACAGCAAACCGGAACUUCACAGCUACAAGAAGGCAUUAAAGAUGACUUGAUGAUUUGCGCCGGGCAUUCAAAGGAUCUAAAAGAUACCUGCCAGGGUGAUUCUGGUGGUCCCCUUCAGGUUUAUCGAACAGGAGAUCAAAACAUGUCUUGCAUGUACGAUAUAAUUGGCGUGACCUCUUUUGGAAAGGGCUGCGGACUUGCUGUGAAUAUUCCUGGUGUAUACACUCGAGUAGCACAUUAUCUGCAAUGGUUGGAAGAUAUUGUUUGGCCUAAAACCUAGUUUUAGCAUUAGAUUUGCAUACUUAUUUAAUGUAAAAACCAUAUAUGGCAACAUCGUUCACACUGUAUGUAAUCAAUCAUAUUCCAAAAAAAAACAACGUAAAAUACCAAA